UGUUCAUGACCUGACCUUAGGGCUUUAUACUCUCUCUCUCUUCACAUUUUUAAAAAAAAAAUUUAAGUACUAUUUAAAUUGCCAACCCAAAAAAUCUGGAGAAAAAAAAAAGUAUAAGAAAAGGAACUUGAAGGUUUCAUCAUGAGGACUUAUACUUUUCUUUUAACGGUCUAAUAAGGGUUGAGGAUAGUUACCCAAAACUUGAGAGCAUUUUUUUUAAUAUAUAUUUUAAACAUCUUUUUUGUUCCUUUUCUUUUUUUUGGUUUGGAUUUGAUGGGGUGGUGAGAGAAAACUGAUUAUGGCUUUGGAAUUAUAAAAGUUGUGACAUAAGGAAGCAAAGUUACAGGAAAUUCGGUAGCUGAUCUACUGUGUAGAAGCACAAAACUCACAGAUCCAACAGUUGUGGAUUUGCAUUUUGUUGUUUAACUGCAUCUGUUGAAGAGACAACAAAAUGGUAUGAAAGUGGUAGUAUGGAGAUGGAUGAGAUGCAAACUCAAGAGUGUAAGUUUCCAAGAAUCAGCAACAAAGGGGAUGAUGAGCAGUACCAAUAUGAAGUAGAUGAUGCAGGUGAAGUCAAAAAGAGUGGCCUUAGUGGUAUUGGUAAACUUUAUGGUUGGCCUUCAUCAAGAAUUGUUAGAGUUUCUCGUGCAUCUGGAGGGAAAGAUAGGCAUAGCAAAGUAUUGACUUCAAAGGGGUUAAGAGAUAGACGUGUUCGCCUUUCUGUGAACACGGCUAUACAGUUCUAUGAUUUGCAAGACAGGCUCGGCUGUGAUCAGCCGAGCAAGGCCGUGGAGUGGCUACUAAAAGCAGCCGCUCCUUCUAUUGCUGAGCUUCCACCUCUGGAAGCAUUUCCAGAUACACUUCAGCUCAGUGAUGAGAAAAGGUCAAGUGUUGGAACUGAACCGGGUUUCGAUUCAGCUGAUGUUGAAAUGGAUGAUGAUGAUCCGAAUUACAACCAGCAGCAGCAGCAACAACCUUGUAGUAGCAAUUCUGAGACUAGCAAAGGUUCUGGAUUGUCACUUUCCAGAUCGGAUAGUCGGAUCAAGGCACGGGAGCGAGCAAAGGAAAGAGCCACAAAGAAGGAAAAGGAGAAAGAAAACAAGUCUUCUGUUGUUGCUCAUCACCAAAAUAUGCAUCCUAGCUCUUCUUUCACCGAGCUAUUGACAGGUGGUAUGAACAAUAACAACAACAACAGUAACACAAGUCCUAAUGGCUCCAUUCACCAAAACACGCCGAGGCAAUGGUCUACAAAUUCCUUGGAAUACUUUACCUCAUUAGGCCCAUCAUCUACUCGUGCAAUCAACAACUCUACUGGCUUCUCGGGUCAAAUUUAUUUGGGAAAUCCUCUACAAGUGGUGUCUUCAGCAAUGUUUAGUCUGACGGGGGACCAUCAACCCGAGCUUCACCACUUCCCCUUCAGUGGCGACAACGCCAUUGGGGGAAGUAAUUGUAAUGGUCAUCAAAGCACUACUAGUAAUAAUGAGCACAACUUGAACUUCAGUAUUUCUUCAUCAUCUCCAGCAUCCAGCUUUGCUGGUUUCAAUAGGGGGACCCUUCAGUCCAAUUCAUCCUCUUCGCCGUCUGCUUUGCCUCAUCACUUCCAAAGGUUUGACGGGUUACAAAGUUUAUUUCCAGGCAGCACAACUGAAUAUGAUGCUCGUUUACAGCUCUUUUAUGGUAAUGGUUAUGGCAAUGGCAACGGCAACAGGCAUUCAGAUCAGAAAGGAAAAGGAAAGAACUAACUUCAUUCAAAAGCAAGUUCCUUUUACUGCUCAUCUUCAUCCAUGGCAAUUGAAGAUGGAAGCAGGCUCUGAGUCCCAAAGGAAGCAUGCAUGCCUUUCUCUGCUACAGACUCUAUAUAUUAUGCUUCUUAAUUCCUUAUUAUGCAUUGUUCAUUUUUGAUUACUAUAAGUAGGCACCUUUUUUUUUAUGGAGAAAUCCUUGUUUGUUUCUAGCCCCACUUUAGCCGGCGCAGGGUUUGAAACUCCGCAAGGUCGUGUGUGUUUUUCUAUGAGACCUCAUUUGUCUAACAUUGCUUGAGGCCUUCAUAUUGAACCUAAGAUGCUGGAAUUUGCCAACUUGAAA